CAUGACAGUAAGAGCAACUCAACGCUGUCAGUCUCACUCACACCAUCUCGCAAGCACACACGCCCGCGCAACAACUCGGAAAUUAGUGUAUCUGGGGAGAAGAGUCGAGGCUGUGCCAGGAACCACAGCUCGACCCUUGCGAGCACACCCAGGGCAACACACAUACCCUCUCUGUGUCAAGCGAACCCUGAGUGCCCACUACCCACUGUGAUGCGCAAGUGCAUAUACUGACCGUGUCAACCUUCCACUAAACCCGUGUGCAUUUCCAUCCGCUAAUCUCGACCCGAUCUUUGAUCAGUCAGUUUGUUGCUACACCAAGGAAGUACCCAGCUUCCUCACCCUCGGUCAGAUUAGUGUUAACGUGCGAUUAAAAGUGAUGGAAUUAAACUACUUGUCACCGCCCCCGUUGCCCAGUCCAGAGCCAAGCCUUAUGGUGGCUCCCUCGAUCAAUCAGGCUGUCGUAGAAAUCCAGUAGCUGCCUUACCCCUAAACUCGACAUUAUCUCUGAUGUUAACUGAGUAAACAAAAACACAGGCGUUUCCAAAUUACAGUACCCAGCGAUGAUAAAAUAAUGUCAUAUCUGUCGAUUUGUACUGAAGAGCCUUAACACUAUGUAGGGUAAAGCCAGCAAGAAAGACGAGCCCAUGUUUUAUAUACAUCUUUGUAGUUACCACCAUGUACUGUGAGGCCAGUAAACAUAGCAGCAGUGUGAGUGUACCGCCAUAAGUUAAGCUACACAAGAUGCAGUGUAAAGUUUGAUCACUGAAUGUCCCACUUGUGAAGAGGAGACCAAGGCAGUGAAGAUGCACAGGCUGGGUGUGAGGAUGCUGGGCAGGUGUCGCAUGCGUCGUGGGGUGAGUCUUGAGGUCAUAGUUGAAGAGGACGACAAUGCAGAAGUCGUUCUCGACCCAGAGCCUCUCCUUGAGGACGACCACGACGACGACGACCAAGACGAUGACGACGACGAUGACAGUGAGAAUGUCGGCUCCUGGAUCCCCUGAUGGCAGCCAAGAAGCAGGAGGACGAGGAGGAGGAAAAUCGGGCUUCUCAGCAGCAGAGGAGAGGAGACGACGACGAGAGAGGAGGAGAACCAUAGGAGGGUUAUCCAGGGCUCGCUCCGUCUCGUGCGAGGCUCUCACUCUUCUCGAUACUAGUGAUAUGGAGUCUUGCUGUUCUGAAUGGGACGACGAUGAUGAGCUGACAACUGCUAGUAGUAACUACGUAACUCUUAAUCGACCAAUCAGCAGACGUCGGAUCCUGGAGAGUAGCCAGUCACAAUGCGACUCUGAAGAUUCGGGGAUUGAGUACCACUCCAACGAAGACGAUCCCAUGCUUGAGGAUCAAUCAAGCAUCGAGGAUCGCAAAGACCUCGACCUGUCGUCAGAUGACAUACACGACCAAGAAACAGCGACAGAGUCUGAUGACGACACUAUCGACGCGUCGUCCGAGCCAUCGUCAGCUGUCAGUUACGACACUGCCGCUGACACUCACACUGAUACCGCAGGUGACACUCACAUUGAGACCGCCGCUGAUACUGACACAAACGCUGAUACAGUUCCAGACGUGAGCGUUGAAACUAUUGUUGACGCGUGUAUAGCCACGGACACUGAUGAAAGCCUUGAUGAUACCAUCACGAACAUGGAGGCCAGCCGCAGCGCUGAGGUAAACACCGACGACCUCAGCACAAAGACUGUAAAACAGGUGUUUGAAGAGCGGGUAAAAGAAGCCACACAGGAGCAACAGACGACGGUGUCCAAGUACCUGCAGGAGUACGACGCCAACGAAGUACUGGAGAACGACAAAGUGGUCAUCGUGGAGAAGACGCCGAUCAUGCCAGCCAGGACGGCAGCACAGAGUGACGCGGACGCGGCUGUGCAGGAGGUGCAGCUGAAGCCACCAGCCUUCACUACACACAGCAAGGAGGUGCAGCUGGAGGAGGAGCUGCAAUUGAAGCGAGCAGCAUACACCAUACGCAACAAAGAGGUGCAGCUGGAGGAGUUACCGAGACCACACACUGUACGCAGCGUCAAACAACUCUUCGAGAACCUUAAUACACCCGUACAUCACUUCCACACCUGGUGUGACCUCGGCCGCUUCAGAGACAUUAAGUCCAACCCAUCAAGCAAGAUCCUGAGGUUCGACAGGAGCGACAACAGCGAGGGGUCCACGACACGAGGUCUGGGAGUGGGAUCUUCCUUCACCUUGCCAAGGCUGGCUAGCCACCGCACCAACAACGUAAUACCCAAUCAAAAGUCCAAAGGUAAUCUCAGAUCUUCAACGGUGUCCAAAGAAUCUUCGAAGCAGCAGAAUCUUUCAGGAAGGUCAGUGCAACAAGAACAAGUAGCGACCCAGGGAAGUCAGCCGGUUGCACUGAGGAAACCCACAGUGCACGGAUUCAACGUCAAGAAGGCAUUGAUGGAAGACCCACGAACCUUCCACGCCCACAGCCGCAGCAAUGACGCCGCCGCCAACACCAAUCAACAGGGCGCAAACUACAAGCUUAACACACACAACACAAACAAUCACAACCGUAAAGGUCAUGUUCAUCUUGCCAAGAACAAGUCACAUCACUCCAGUGAAGCUGGCACGGAUCGCUCUGACACGGAGAGUCUAGCAUCUGACACCAGCGAGGACAGUGGUGUCAGUAACGACUCUCACAUAUCGUCAGUCUCCUCAAUGUCCACAUACCGGGCGCUGGAUGCCUACGCUUCUGAUCCAAGCUUCAAGUGGAUCGAUCCCACAGUGAUGGCCAAGAUUAGGGCUGUGGGCACCACAGUCAUAUUCUUUGGUCCUCGCCAGCGGCCUCGCCAUCAGGAUUCUGUGCUGCAGAAGACCACAAGGUGCACACCAAGUGGUCUCCAGGUCUCCAGCAGUGGCCUUCAGGUCUCCAGGAGUGGUCUCAAUGUCGUCUCCGUAGCAGCGCCCGGUGCCAAAGCCUCAGACACAUCCGGACUAACACCGCAAGAUGGAACCAGAACAGGUUUAUCAGCGCCGAGGAUCGUAGGUGUGGUGAGAAAACGCACUUCCUCCAGCACCAUCUCAGCACCCAAUGACACAUCCUCGCAUCACUCCCACGACCUCUCUCACACCAGCAGUGCCGGCAACCAGGACUCCAGUAAGUGUGUCAAGUGGCGUAACCAGAGUGACACCAUUGUCUAUAACUUCACCCGUCACUCUCCUCCCACGGCCUGGAUGUGAACUUCACCCGUCACUCUCCUCCCACGGCCUGGAUGUGAACUUCACCCGUCACUCUCCUCCCACGGCCUGGAUGUGAACUUCACCCGUCACUCUCCUCCCACGGCCUGGAUGUGAACUUCACCCGUCACUCUCCUCCCACGGCCUGGAUGUGAACUUCACCCGUCACUCCUCCCACGGCCUGGAUGUGAACUUCACCCGUCACUCUCCUCCCACGGCCUGGAUGUGAACUUCACCCGUCACUCUCCUCCCACGGCCUGGAUGUGAACUUCACCCGUCACUCUCCUCCCACGACCUGGAUGUGAACUUCACCCGUCACUCUCCUCCCACGGCCUGGAUGUGAACUUCACCCGUCACUCUCCUCCCACGGCCUGGAUGUGAACUUCACCCGUCACUCUCCUCCCGCGGCCUGGAUGUGAACUUCACCCGUCACUCUCCUCCCACGGCCUGGAUGCGAGCUUCACACAGAUUGGUGGCUCUCAUGGUGGUGAGCUUACCGCUGCACGAGGGCUGUACAUCGUACGCAACUCAACACGAGGGAUCAAUCUUCAUGAAGUCGCAACAGUGGCUGCAACAACUGAUUGUUAACGCGUAAUUUGGGAAGCUUUAAAACUACGUUUCGGACCGAAACGUAGUUUAAAAGUUCUCUCUCCUAAUUGUGGGUUAGUUGAAUGAAUGUCCAUGAAUGAGUUUCACACCAGUUCCCAGUCAAGUCAAAGAGAUGUUAGAAGUAUUUCUUUAGUCAGAGUAGUCAGGAAGUGGAAUAGUCUGGCAAGUGACGUAGUGAGGCAGGAACCACACAUAGUUGAGGUAUGAUAAAGCUCAUGGAGCUGGGAGAAAGAGGACCUAGUAGCGAUCAGUGAAGAUGUCUCAACCCCUGCAACCACAAAUAGGCGAGUACACACACACACACACACACACACACACACACACACACACACACACACACAAUCACUAAGUGCAAUACCAUCAAACUUAGUUUGGGUAACUUUGC